AACCUUCUUCAUCCUUUCAUAACCAAAAAUAUAAAACACACACACACACACCUAAUAAUGGCUUCCAUAAAACUUCUAACUCUUCUUCUUCUCCCUCUCAUCCUCCCACUCUCCUACGCUGCCACCUUUGAAAUUGUUAACCGGUGCCCAUACACCGUAUGGGCAGCUGCCUUCCCUGGCGGAGGCAAAAAACUCAAUAGCGGCCAAUCAUGGAAUAUAGAUGUAAACCCCGGCACCACUGGCGGUCGUGUCUGGGCACGCACAGGCUGCAACUUUGACAGCUCCGGCCAUGGCAGCUGCCAAACUGGCGACUGCAAUGGCCUCUUGAAAUGCCAAGGUUAUGGUAAACCACCAAACACUCUCGCCGAGUUCUCCCUAGACCAGCCCAACAAUUUGGAUUACAUUGAUAUCUCUUUGGUUGAUGGGUUCAAUGUGCCCAUGCGCUUCAGUCCGACCGGUGGAUGUGCUCGUGUGAUCCGGUGCUCAGCUGACAUCAAUGGGCAGUGUCCGGCCCAUCUUAGAGCUCCCGGAGGGUGCAACAACCCUUGCACAGUGUUUAAGACUAAUAAGUAUUGUUGUAAUUCUGGCAGCUGUGAACCAACACAUUAUUCCAAGUUUUUCAAGAGCCAUUGCCCAGAUGCUUAUAGCUACCCUAACGAUGAUCCGACUAGUCUCUUCACUUGCCCUGGUGGGACUAACUACAAGGUUGUCUUCUGCCCUUAAAUUAAUCAAUCAGUGUAUGUAUACAUAUAUGCAUGUGUUUUAUAUAUAUAGUGCAUAGGGGAGGGAGAGUUAUCCUUCUUGAAUCAUAUAAAUAAGGUCCUUGUAACCAACCUGUCGGUUGAUGAGGUGAAUAAAAAAGGAUGUGAUGUUAUAUACAUAUUAAGUAUAUUCUGAGUUGUUUAAGUGAA